AUGGAAGCAUAUGUUGAUGACUUGGUGAUCAAAAGCAAGAUGGAACACCAGAUGUUCGAUGACAUUCAAGAAACUUUCAAGAACCUAAGAAAGGUUAACAUGAAGCUCAACCCUGAAAAAUGCUCAUUUGGGUUUGAGGAAGGAAAGUUCCUGGGCCAUAUUGUUGGAAAACAAAGCAUCAAGGCUAACCCAAAUAAGGUGAAAGUUGUUCUUGAAGCCAAACCACCAAAGACUAAGAAGGAGACCACCAAUAACGAGGCUGAAUAUGAGGCACUGAUCGCCGGUUUAAGACUGGCCAAAGAGAUGAAGGUCCAGAAGCUUGAAGUGUUCACUGAUUCAUUACUGGUCUCAAGCCAAGUAAACGAUAGCUACGUCGCUAAAGAGCCCAACAUGAGAAGAUACAAAGAAAAAUCCAAAGAAUUGAUGAACACCUUCCAAAUGUGUACAAUCAAGCAGAUUCCAAGGUCCCAAAACAAGAAGGCAGAUGCCUUAAGCAAGCUUGCUUCUCUUACUUUUGCUCACCUAACAAAGAAGGUGUUAGUAGAAGUGUUAAAAGUUCCAUCAAUUGAUGAAUUGGAAAUUCAAGACGGAAUGGACAUUGUUGGUCCAUUUCCCCCAAGCAAAGGAGGAGUAAAAUUCUUGCCGGUGGCAGUAGAUUAUUUCACAAAGUGGCCCGAAGUUAAACCACUUGAGAAGAUUACAGGCAAACAGGUCAUCGACUUUGUUUGGGAAAACAUCAUUUGCCGAUAUGGAUUGCGGGGGGUACUUGUCACUGAUAAUGGGAAGCAAUUUGCUGAGAAGCCUUUCAGCAGUUGGUGUAAAGAGUACAGGAUCAAUCAGGUCUUCAGCUCAGUGGCUUACCCGCAAUCAAAUGGUCAGGUCGAAAGGACAAAUCGAAGCAUAGUGGAAGUUAUCAAAACAAGAUUGGGAAGGUACGAAAGCAACUAG